AUGGUUUUCAAUUCUGUUCUCUUCAAUCAUACAGUGUUCGUCGUCGCAUGUCGUCCUCAGUGUGAGUGUUGUAAUGCUAUGAGUGGUGAUGUCCUAGCACAGCGCCCGGUUCAGUCGGAGGUCGUAAUUUGCAUUAGAAGCGAGCGCGGCGUGCGGGUGGGCUCGCGGCGAGGCUCGUCGCUGGACUCGCCCGCAGCGCUGCUCGCCACCUUCGACAACACAACGCUACAGAUCCGUGACUGGUUGUCUGUGGAGGCGGACAUGCUGCGAGCUCAGCCCGUGGCGGUCGGCGACCUCGACGACAUCAUCAGCCAGCUGGACAAGCAGAAGGGCGUGCUGCGGGAACUAGAACAGAAGAAGCCUCAGUUGGACGAGCUGCUGCAUACAGCGGAGAGUCUGAAGGGCACCGAGAACAGACAACAGCUACAUGGAAAAGUAACAGCAGCCUCGCCUCCUCAGCCUGGCCCUCGGUCCAACACGAGGACACUUGAAGUAGUGCGCCUCCCCGUGAAUGGAACUUGGCAGACGAUAAAUUUGAAAGUCACCUCGACUAACGUAGAGGGGUCGUGCGUAGCGCGCCGCUACGGGCUACGGAGGGUCGGCGAGAUAAGAGACGCGUAG